AUGUCCUGACUCUGCUCUGUCAGAGCACCUCUCAUUUUCUCCUCACUCCACUGAUUGUGUUUCAUCCAUUUUCUUUUUUUACUGUACAUGGCGUGACGGUUUAACAAGGCUCCUUCCAACAGAUACAUGCAGUAUAAACAACAGAGGCCUAGUAUGGGGAGCCGACUUAAUGUAACUGUUUGAAAAGCAGAGCAGAGCCGUGUGCAGAAGCAGCGCCCAUGUGGAGGGGAGAAGCACAAGGACCGUGUGCAAACCGCGUGUGGCGCAGAGGAGAGACCGAAAACAACCAGGCGCAGUCUGAGGUUGUAGGAACUAGUGGAGAUGAGUAGUAAUGAGUGUUUUGGAUGCGGACGUACCGGCCACUGGAUCAAGAACUGUCCGAAUGCCGGGCGGGGACGAGGCAAGGGCCGCGGGAGGGGGGAAAGGGGGAAAGAUCUGUUCUGCUAUCGCUGUGGAGAGCCUGGUCACGUCGCCAGGGACUGUGAGAGGACUGAGGAUGCGUGUUACAACUGUGGUCGUGGAGGACACAUCUCCAGAGACUGUAAGGAGCCCAAGAAGGAGAGGGAACAGGUCUGUUAUAACUGUGGCAAGGCCGGCCAUGUGGCCCGGGACUGUGACCAUGCCAACGAGCAGAAGUGCUACUCCUGUGGAGGCUUCGGACACAUCCAGAAGGGCUGUGACAAGGUCAAAUGUUACAGGUGUGGUGAGAUCGGCCAUGUUGCCGUCCAGUGCAGCAAGGCCAGCGAAGUCAACUGCUACAACUGUGGAAAGUCUGGUCACCUGGCUAAAGAAUGCACCAUCGAGGCCACGGCCUAGCGCUCUGCUGCCUUCCUACGCCCCUCCCUUUUCACAUGGAUGGUUGUAUUAUUUUGUCUGAAUCGUCCCCUCUGGCCCACAGCAGGCUACGGAGGAUAGUCCCACACCAGUCCGCUGGAAAAGCAGGACAGGGGGGUAAACAUCCACUUUCUGCAUUUAAUCAAACAUGUUUGUUUAGUUUGGUAGAGGUUAAUGUAUAAUGCUUGUUAAAGAACCCCCUUUCCAUGCCACUGGUGACCAGGGAUGAAUGAUGAGUGGAUGCCCUCCCUACCAGGUCUGGGAAACCAGCACUUAGUGAGAGUGAGUGGGUAGGAAGUCUGAGCUUCCCAUAAAGAUUGACUUUGUUUUAGUUUUCUUGAACAAAACGGAGUCUACCUGCAAGAGAGUGACUGACAGCAGCCCCGGCCAGCGGUCAUUAUGUUUACGGCUCAGUCCAACGGCAGCAGGCAGACAGACAGAUAGACGGCAGCAGGCAGACAGACAGAUAGACGGCAGCAGGCAGGCAGACAGUCCAAUGGCAGCAGGCAGGCAGGCAGACAGACAGACGGCAGCAUGCAGACAGACAGUCCAAUGGCAGCAGG